UGAAUACACGUGCGGUAGGUCAUGUAUGUGUGAUACCACGACUACCAGUAAAGAAGUCAUUCACAAUCUGAGAAGACUACGAGUCAUCCAGCUGAGACAGAAUGACAAGUGGGAGAAGAGAAAAUAGGCAGAAAAUCGUCUUUUAUACAAAGUUACUGUGGAAUAUUUAGUACUCAGAAAACUACAUUUCAGAAAAUCCAGUGCAUUUAUAAGACGUUCAUUCCAAUCCGUCUGUGAUGAGUGAGUCCAGUACAGGUUUUCCGAUUCCCCGUGCUGUGAAGAGAGAGAGAGAGAGAGAGAGAGAGAGAGAGAGAGAGAGAGAGAGAGAGAGAGAGAGAGAGAGAGAGAGAGAGAGAGAGAGAGAGAGAGAGAGAGAGAGAGAGAGAGAGAGCGCAGCAUUGAGGCUGCAGGAAGUGUACCUUCGCAUGACAGCGCUCCACACAAGCGGCGUUUCGCGUAUACCUGGACAUCGCGCAGCUAAACAGCACGCACACGGCGUUUCCAAACUGAAGCAAGGUAUUAGUGGACUGGAAUCACAUUGGAACAACGCCAUACCGCAACCAAAAACAUCAAGGAAAACGUGUGGACUAAAAUCAAGAAGAACGAGAAGAAACGAGCAUUAUCUUCUGACAGACAGUCAGCAGCAGCCGUGCACAGAGACACAGUACAAAAUCCCUAUUGUGCAAAACAGAGGGCUCGUGUAAUAAUAUAUGUAUUGAUUUUUUUUUUUUUUUUUUUAAGAACAGAUGUAAAUUCCAUGCAACGCAGCCGGUCCAAAGCAGUGAGACCACUGCACAGGGUUUUAUUACUGUUACAAGCAGCGAUUCUAAUACCCCACAGUAUAUGAACGGCUGUCUGUGAGGAGGAUGUGCCAUGUGUUAAUGUGCGGAAUAAAGGUGCUACUGUUAUCACUGUUAUUCCAGGGGGCCUGGGCGACACGGGUCCACAGCCAGUUGUCUUAAGGAUGUCACGCCGGAGCACUGAAUUUGUUCUGGAGCGAGACAGGUGCGACCGCACUGAGGAUUAGCGGAAGAAAACCGAGGCGGGUACCUUGGAAUUUAAACCAUCCGGGUCCAAAGACCCCAGCAUUUCGGAUUUGACUUCAGGAGGAAUAAGGUGUGCGCACGUCGUGCAGAAGUGCCGUGGAUCAUCGCUGUGCGCUGGGCUCGCCUCGCUGCCACUUCUCUGUCGAGUCGCUUUCCUGCUGCCAUGACAACGCAAGCCCCACCCCUGCUCCUGCUCACCCUGCUGCUCCGAUUGGCUGACUCUGCUUUCCCUGAACAAACACAGCCACUGAGCACAGUCCCUGUGGGAGCUGUCAGACAGUACCCUGUGUUUGUGGGUCGAUCGCAGGGCUCGGUUCUGAGGCAGGAGCCCCUCCAUAUCCAGAGGAUUCUGCAGGUGAACCGCACUCUCUACAUCGGAGCCAGAGAUGACCUGUACCGUGUGGAUCUGGAUGUGCUGGUGGGGGAGGAGAUGUUUUACAGCAGGAAGCACACCUGGAAAUCAAACCAGAAUGACAUCAGAGUCUGCAGGAUGAAAGGCAAACAUGAGGUAAGCUAAUCCAAGGUUAGCGCUGGCCAUAAAUGUUGUGUUUGAGGAGGCGAGAGUGUUCUCACAGCUCAGUGAGUGAAUGAUCAGGUUCCUGACUGGAGGGCUUCAGCUGGAUUUCUGCCACACUGUUUUCACCCUGUGUGUUUGUUUCGCUAUAGUGUGAGAAAUGCGUCAGGAUAGAGCCGGGUGUCAAAGGGACCGGCCCUGGCGUCUUUCUUUCUUUCUUUCUCAGAGAA